AUGAAUAAAGAUUUGAGCUCUUCCGGGAGAAGGAAGAAGUAUGAUAAAAUAAGUGAUGAGGAACGCUGCAUCAUCAUGGAUUUAAAGUCAUAAGGCGUAAGUUGCCAAGAGAUCGCCAGAAGAUUAGAUAAAAAUUUAAAGACCAUUCAAUCCGUCCAUGGUUACGAGAGAAAAUCAGAGUACAAGGGCCUUAAAGAGGCUGUCACAAGAUAUGGAAUUGACCAAUUACUUUAGAACACAUCUCUCCAGGUAUUAUUUUUUUUCUAAUAUUAGUCUAUGAAGGAAAAGAAAUUAAAAAAGUUAAUCAUAUCAACUGUUAAAGAGGUUAUGCCUCCUUAAAAUAACUCCAUGUUUGCCCACUUGAUCCCAACCCAAAAGAUAGACUCCAACAAAAGAAGGAUCAUCGACUAAAUUGUCAAUAAUAUCUUAGAUAUUAUUCAAAAUUAUUUAAAAACAGGAGAACUCAUCUAUGUAUCUGACACUAGGAGUGUCUCAAAAAAUGACUCACUUUGUUAUGAAUCCUAAGACCAUUCUUAUUCAACCAACAACAUCAUCCAAGGCAAUUCAGAUGCCUUCCUUAGUCACUACACUAGUGAUAAUUUUAAUCAAAAUGUAUUCACCUAUGAAUACAAUUAUGAUGUUGAACCUGAAAUGAAUGUUGAAUUUGAAAUCUCAUCUAUAGAAUUUUCAAACCAAGACAUGUUUGAAAAAUCUGUCGAAGAGCUUUCAGCCUCUUAUUUCAGCAAUUGAGAUGUCAAUUUUACUAGAAAUUGAUAUCAAUAUAUAUAUAUAUUAUCCAUUAUAAACAAACAUACAUAUCCUUUAUCCAGUAAC